AGUCAAUGUAGAGGUUCUUGCGCGAGCGAGCGAUCCAGCGAGCGAGAGAGGAACGAAACGAAACGAAAUGGCCUCGUUUGCGGCGGCGUUGGAGCUUCAUCGCCACAUCCUCUCGCCGGUUUACUCGCCGGAUUUCUCCAGGAUGAACCCUAAAUCGGCGCCCAGAACCCUCAUCUCCUUCUCUUCUUCAGUACGAUUUCCUUCGACCCAUUUGAGUAAUGGGAGGACUAGUGAGCGCUUGGAGUCAUUGGUGGCCUCCGCCAGCAACAAGCGCCUGAUUGGCUCGCUGAUGAAUGCCAAAGGUCUCCGCUUUGCUGUGGUUGUGGCGCGGUUCAAUGAGGUUGUGACCAAGUUGCUCUUAGAAGGAGCCUUGGAGACUUUUAGACGGUAUUCUGUUAAAGAUGAUGACGUUACGGUUGUGGAAGUUCCUGGUAGCUUUGAAAUUCCUGUGGUUGCUCAAAAGCUUGGGAAGUCCGGAGAUUUUGAUGCAAUUUUGUGCAUUGGAGCUGUGAUUAGAGGUGAUACUACCCACUAUGAUGCUGUCGCCAAUUCUGCAGCAUCAGGAGUGCUUUCAGCUGGGCUAAGUUCAGGAGUUCCUUGCAUCUUUGGUGUUCUAACCUGCGACGAUAUGGACCAGGCACUGAAUCGUGCCGGUGGUAAAUCCGGCAACAAGGGCGCCGAGACUGCUUUAACAGCAAUUGAGAUGGCUUCUUUAUUUCAACACCAUCUGAAGUAAUAACCUGAGGCUUCAUGUUGAUCAAACCUUCAAUUCCAUGGAUUUGGUUUGAUGUUCCAAUCAACGUUAGUGACGAAUUUUUUUCGCACUCUUGUCCUUGGCUUUGAUCUUUUAGAAGUUGAAGGUAAGUUAAUAAAGGUGACAUUCAUGUAUUAUGUAUUAAAUUAGGGCAGGCAUCCUGGCAAUGCUUCAUGUUGAAAUGAAUAAUUGGAUUUCGAGUAUUUUAAGUUGUUUUUCUCGCGUUCGAUCCUUCGUUUGUUUAUCUUUUAAGUUUUAUAUAUUUAUUUUGCAGUGUCUGAGGACUUGUAAUCGUAAGAAAGUUUUAUGUUUUAUUUA